AUGCAGGGUCUCAAGUUCAUGGAAUUGCUGUAUGGAAGCAAAAAGACUGCAGGAACAGCUUUAAAAUUGAGCACUGAGUUUGUGGAUAUGUCUCUGGUUGGUGAUGUCAUCAGCAACAAAGGUCCAUCCAACAUUAAAAAGGGAAAUAAGAUGACACAAGCCCAAUACUUACAUGAUGAACAAUCCAGCAUGAGACAGAAAGAUCAAACUGAAGCACAAAAUUCUCAAAGUGACAGUGAUGAAUUGUGGGAUGAGAAUGCACAAGAAGAACACAUAAGGCGACGAAUUACAAUUAGAAGAGAAAACAUAAGAAAAAGGCUUGCAGAAGGGUCUGAAUAUUCAUUGCUACUUGACCAAAUCGGGGAUGACGGCAGUUCCAAGACAGAGGAACGUGAAAGACAACUGACUAAUACGAUACGAAGAAGAGUUAGGAAUAAACUGAAAAUUCUAAAGCAUCUGCAGCAGAUAAAAGAUGAUGAACUAAUCACAAAGUUUGAUAAGGCAUUAACUAUAGAGAGGGAUGAAGGAAAUCAGUUUUUUACUUCUGCUUUGGAUGAGUCACCUGAUUCACUGAUGCAAGAACAUAAAAAAACACCUCUGCGAGAUUUACCCUUUGAAUUUCAUCUCACUGGAUUGGAGAAAGAAUCAGAGAAUGAAAGUGAACUUAGCAGUACUAUAUCAGAAGAAAAGGCCAAAUUUGACUUUUAUAUAAGUGAACAGAUAAUUGAAAGGUUUCCUGCUGAAUAUGAGAGUGAAAAAUUAUGGAAGGAAAAGAAUAAAAGUAUUUUCAUCCCUAGUAUGUCACAAGUUGCUCUAAGUAGUAAGCUUCCAAGAAACCUUGCACCUCGCAUCUUGAAAGAUGAAGGCUUUUAUGUCAGUCUGAAACCAAAAGUUUUGAAAAAAAAUAUUAACAGAAUGGAGAAUCGCUUUGUUCUGCAAAAAGAGAACAGAUCCUGGUUUGGAGAAGAUGGAAAUAUAAUUGCAUUACCAGAUCCAAUUAAGUUUCCUUGGAAUUAUCGACUACCAUCAUCAGAUUGUAUUGUAGACAAACCUGAACCAGGUCUGGAGACAGCAGUAGUAAAUGAGUUUGUGACUGAUAUAGCUGACAAUUUUAAGGAGAUUUCUCAAAUCUAUCAGCUGGACAUUAACAUUGCAAAUUUGCGAUUUGUUCACCAUCCUUUAUUCAGCAGAGAACAUGUCUUGGCUGCAAAGCUAAUACAGCUUCAUGAUAAUUACCAAGAGAGACAAGGAAAAAAUAUUAGCCAACUCUUGAUUGAAAAACUUCAAACAUUUCAUAAUGCAUUAAUAAACUUGGAAGAAAAUUCCAUAAAUCUUAGUAGAAUUGAAGAUAUAAAGAAACAAAUAAGAUUGGAAGUGAAUUACAAAGCACUUGGAAAGCAAUGUGAAGUGGAGUACUUUGCAGAAGUUGUUGAACUAGAACAAAAGUUUGAAGAAGAUUUCCAGAAAGAUUUGGAAAUGUACAAUGAAAAAUUGGAAAUUUGGAAAAGCAAGCAGAAAGCCAAGGAAAGUAAAGCUACAGAAGAAGAAUCAUCCAAUGAAUACACUGAUGAUGAUGAUGAUGUAGAAGAGCCUCCAAAACUUUCUGUGCCACCUGAUAGAGCAACAAUAGAAGACAUAGCAAAAAAAAGAAUUGCAUUAACUUGCAGUCAACAAAAGAAGCCUAUUGUGAUUCCUAAACUGUCACCAAAUAUGCCGCUAACACCAGACUCAAAUUGCUUUGAGGGUGAACUACAUAGAAGAAUGGAAAUACCAAACCAUAAAUUCUUCAUUAGUAUUUUCUAUAAUGACAAAUAUGUUUCACACACUGUUACUUCACAACUACAAUCAGAUUUUACUGUACAAUUUGGACAAAUAUUCAGCAUUCAGAUUAUUCACAAGCCUGAAAACAUUAGAUUGGAGAUUUAUGAAUUAGUAAACACAAAGGUGAACAUGUUGGCAAAACUAUACAUACCUAUUCCUGAAGUAACCAUGACUACCAAUACGGCUGUUUUGGAAGAGAUAGAAUUCAGUAGUGAUGAAAUAGUUCUAACUCACCAUGAAGGAGUUGGAAGCAAUACUCCAUUUGUUUUAGAUGGAAGGAGACCUGAGGAGUGUUUGUUACUGACAUCUGGAAAAUUACUGUAUGCGGUAUCAUGGGGAGUAGAUGAAAAUGGCACUGCCCUUGCACCCCUCGCCCCAAAGCCAAAAACCUAUAAAGAAAGCAUGGAUGCCAUUGCUUCAAUAGGGAUGUCUCGGAUAAAUGAUUUGCAGAAACUUGCCAAAUGGGCAAAAAAAGCCAGAAUUGAUCCUAAUGAUCCCCAGAAUUUAGAGUUGAUGCAUGUAAUUAAGUAUGUGACUGAGGAAGGUGACAGGGUCCCCAAGUACUUUAGAUUACACCAAAUGGAAGAUGAGUUUAACUUUGUAACAGAUGAAAAACUGGAGAUGUCUAGACGUUUUCGUCUGCUGAUGCAUAGAAAUUCUGGAGUUCCUCAAUAUUGUUGCUAUAAGCUAGUGCCACCAUAUGAGAGAGAGGUGCCAGUGCAUAUUUUUGAGGAAUAUGAAAUCCAAAAGGAUGAUGUUUUUAUAAUUAUGGGUGAAGAUUCACUAACAGAACAGAGAAUGAUGGCACUUAAGUAUCUUGAGAAGGUGAAAGCUUCUGUGAUGAAAAGACUAUUGAAGGUCAAGCAUCAGUUUACACUGCCAGAUGUUGUUGUUGAAUGUGAAAGUAUUAGUACCAUAAGCCAAAUAAGCAUUGCCUUGUUUGAAUUGAUUUCACCUCGAAAAACACUGAGGCCUCAGCGUAAGGAGAGAAAGAAAAUACCUGCCCAGACUUUGUCUGAUGGAGAUGUUAAACUGUUUAUGAAUGUAAUUGGAGCAUACAACAUACCAAUGAGGAAAUGUAUUGCCAGGACACAGCCACUAUUUGGCUUAACAUCUCCUGUGUCUGGCAUGACGAGCAAUAUGCAUUAUAGGAAGACUGAAGGUCAAGAGGAUUCUUUUAGCCAGAUCCAAGUGCAACCUUUUGUGCAAGUUACCUUCCAGCAAUCAAUGUAUCAGACAAGUAUUGCCGAUGGAUCCCAGCCAUGUUGGAAUGAAAAACUCGAAAUGAAUUUCAAAUCGCCCAAUGGAGAUUAUAACAGUACAGCAUUAUGCAAGAUGGAGGACAAAAUAUUAAUUAAUGUAUUUGAUAACUUAAUUGUUGCAACUCCAGAGUUAGAUACAAUGGAAGAUGAGGAGAUUUUGUACAUGGCACAGACCUUUCAAAAGGAAAUUUAUAAUUACUUCCCAAAGAGAAGAGUUGUUGUCAAUGUUAUUGACAGUGAAUGCAGAGUUGGCAUUGUUACAAGAUAUAUCAAGCCACUUUGUCCACCCCGAGAACUGCUUGAUGUAUUUCCAGAAAAUUCAGAGGCAACCUUUAAUCUUAUAGCUAGAUUUGUGUCCUUGAUUCCAUACUUUACAGAUAACCUAGAAUUUUCAGAUGGAUACAAUAUUUGGCUGACAUCACAGCAAUUUCUUAAUCUGGUACUUGGAAGUAAAGAGGAUCAUGCUGUCCUUCUUUGUAACUAUUUCUUGUACAUGAAAGUGAAUGCUUUUGUACUUUUAGGAACCUCAAUUCUUGAAGGAGGAACUGCUUAUGUGCUUACUCAAGAUAAAGUGAACACCAUGAUUUGGAAUCCAGAAACUGGGGAGUGUUACGAACAAUUUAAUGCCUUUUGUCCAUUGCAAAGUGCUGAUUGUUUGAUCAAUAAUGAAAAUAUCUGGUUUAAUAUUCAAAAGAAUAGUAGCCCUAUGAGUACACGGUUUGACAUCACAAACGAACAGAAUUGGAAGCCAUUCUUCAGAGGUUCCCAGAAUCAUGCAUUGUCUUCUGUGCAGCCACAGGAAUUAAUCUACUAUCCCACUGAAAGAAGCCUGGUGAAUAAAUUACAGAACAGAAUUGAAUGGGCACUGAAGAAUAAAUUUAUGGAAUGGAGAGCACAGCGUCCCACUCGAUGGAAUCGUUACUGUACUGGAGUGUUUCAAAAUUUUCUUCCUCUGCUGGAACGAAACCUUGGUCGCUCAGUAAGUGAAGAGCAGAGUGCAGGUUUAGAGAACCUUUUAAAGGAAUACAAGGUUUCAGGAUUUCCUAUUCAAAUGUGCUAUUCAAAGUUGGAGACAAUAUUUGAUAAAGUCUACAGUACUGGUAUUCAUAAAAUCAACAUCCCCAAUGUGGAGUUUGCUGUUGCGGUGUAUAUUUAUCCAUACCCUGGCAAUGUAUUAUCAGUGUGGAUCUAUAUAGCAUCUCUGGUUCGCAAUGCAUAA